AAGAAGUAAACAUUUCCCGCAAAAAAUAUACCAUUGCAAAUAAAUGGAUAAUCAAAUUGUUAGAGACAUCACACAGUAAAAUUAAGACUAAAACACGGGUCUGAAAAUGGUCUUUUAAUUCGUCGGGAGGAAAACAUUGCUAUUUUGAAUAGGCUAGGGGAGAACACUCUGACAAAAAGGAUUGCAUUGUGUAUUCUGCUGAGUGACGACAACUGGUAAUUUUCUUGUCAACUUUCAGAGAGAAGAGAACAACAUAAUGGCCGUCCUUCUGUCUUCAAAAGCUUUUAGCUGUCAUGUACUCAGUUUGUCCUUUGCCAGAAAUAUUCGUCAAGCUCCAUUUACCAAUGGCCAUGCAUACCAUCUCUUGAGUCAAAGGGGUUCGUUCCGUGGGAACACCUUUCACAAGUUCAGGCACAGGAAACCUCCGCAAUGCCAUCAGACGACUAACAGACUACAGUCAAACAGCCAUGGACCAGGCAGGCAGGGUAAAAUUGAAGGCCUUCCCAAGGUUUCCUUGUUCAAGAGGCUUGUUGGCCAAGUUGGACCUCAGAAAAGAAACUGGCAUCCAGGAUCCUCCAAUUUAAAUCCAAAUGAAGUAGGAAUUGCUGGUGCAAAACCUGUCAGAUAUAUUGAUAUGAUGAAGUCUAUGCUGACCUAUAUCUGGCCAAAGGACAAUCUGCGCUUUAAGAUUCGUGUUGUGAUUGCCCUGGGUUUACUUGUUGGCGCCAAGGUGAGAUAUCGAGGCUUUGUUUUUUAUUGUUUGAAUAAAUUUAAACGCCAACACACCCGACAAAGUUCAUUCAGAGACUCUAUGGCUCUCAUAUUAUGUGUGACCCAUUGCAGUUUAACAAUUUUUACUUCGGAACACAAUUCACUGACUGAUUGCCAGCCACUGCAAAGUGCUAGAAAAACAAAAUUCUCAUCAUUAGAAAAUAUGAUUUGA